CGACAGUCCGAACCCCUCCCGACGACAUUCACCUGCCUCUUCUGCAACCAUGAGAAGUCGGUAGCGGUAAAGAUGGACAAGAAGGCCGGCGUCGGUCAGCUUGACUGCAAAGUCUGCGGGCAGAAAUUCCAGUGUGGAAUCAACUAUCUCUCUGCGCCAGUAGAUGUGUAUAGUGAAUGGGUUGACGCA